AUGCUCCUCCUCCAUCAGACUGGCGCUGUCCGGGUCGGUGAGGUUGUAAGAUACACCAUAACCUACACUCCCAGCCUCGACCGCAUCCUUCCACCCCCUACACAUUUGCAUGUGAAGAUCAAGAACACGGUCGCCGCACCCCUUCGCGCUGCCUAUUUACAUGGACCUUAUACUCUAUACGUGGCCUGCUACCCGUCCACGUUCGAUCCGUACAAGAAACACGAAACUGCCAGUACGGAAGGGGCGCCGGACUUUGAACCGCAGUUGAAGGCUGGUGGGCAAUGGAAUGCGAAACUCACAGUCCCUGAACAUGUCAGGGAGGAUGCUCAGAGACCGAGCAUAGAUGUGCGACGCGGAGAGAGGGGGGCAAGCGAGAGAAAGAGCUUCACCUGGAUCAUCGAGAUUGCUUCGCAGGUGAUCUUCUCCAAGACGGCCAGCGUCGACUAUGAAGUCCUUGUUGGACGCGACGAAAAGUCAGUAGAACUGGGGUUCCACGGCGUUAUUGGAUCGGGCCAAGGUGCACCUGGUCGACUCGAAGACCAUCAACACGCUCGUUCCCAAAAGGCGAUCUCCCCGCAGCAUCCGAAGGGCGUCUUCUCCAAGGCAGUCAGAUUAGUGGUGGAUGACACCCAGAGCCUCUGGAACACCCCUCCCUUUCCUGAAUGGGAGAAGGAAGCUUACGGGCAAGCCAAAGUCAGAGUGGAGGAAGGGCCCCAGCACGGUGACAAGAGAGAUGCCGCUGCCAAACCAGAGAAAACGCAAAGGAAGCAGAAGAAGAUCCACCUGGUCCUUCUCACCCAUGGCAUUCACAGUAACGUGGGUGCAGAUAUGCUGUUUAUGAAGGAGAGUAUCGAUACAGCCGCGAAGCAGGCGAAGGAAGACGCGAAAAGAAGACGAGCCGAGCUGAGGGCUCGGCGGGUGGCGCGGGAGAAUGAAUUUGGAAGAGAUGCUCUGGGACAGCGAUCCAAAUCCAUGCCGGACAUCACGAGUGCCGGUGAUCUUCCCCCUGAAGCUGCUAAUUCUACUGCCUCUGGGGAAGAUAAGGAGGAAGAGGAGGAGGAAGACGAAGAAGAAAUCUACGUACGAGGUUUCACCGGCAACACCGUCAAGACCGAAAGAGGCAUCCAGUAUCUCGGCAAACGAUUCGCUAAAUACGUCCUCUCCAUAACCUAUCCGGACCAACCCUACUUACCGGUAAAAUCGUCCAUGGGGAAGUCCCUCUCCAAAUCUCUAGCCUCGUCGUUGUCGAGCAAACCAAGCCCACAAGACCAGAGUAGCACGCAGCCGGCACAUAAAAACAGCAGCAUUAUCAAGGACGAAAACCACCGAGCUCACAACCUCCCAUACCGCAUCACCUCCAUCAGUUUCAUCAGUCAUAGUCUGGGCGGCUUAAUCCAGACUUACGCCAUUGCGUACAUCCAGAAGCAUUCUCCCGAGUUCUUCACCCUGAUCAAACCAAUCAAUUUUGUCGCGAUGGCUACACCGUUUCUAGGACUCAGCAAUGAGAAUCCUAUAUAUGUAAAGUUUGCAUUGGAUUUUGGCUUGGUUGGGAGGACGGGCCAGGACCUUGGCCUGACCUGGAGGCCGCCAACGUUGGCGAAGAGCGGCUGGGGAGCCGUGGUGGCUGGAUUCACGAACGAUUCUCACAAGGGCGGCCCAGAUAAAGAGUCUGAUCCUGGAGCAAAGCCAUUGCUGAGGAUUCUCCCGACGGGUCCGGCGCAUGUGGCGUUGAAGAAAUUCCGAAAUCGCACCGUCUAUUCCAAUGUGGUCAACGAUGGCAUCGUGCCAUUGAGAACGUCCUGCUUGCUGUUCUUGGACUGGCGAGGCCUAGGUCGUGUGGAAAAGGCCAGGCGAGAAAGCGGCUUGGUUGGGACCAUGGUGGGAUGGGGCUGGGCUGAAAUGACGGGACAGAAUGCCAGCGACCCUAGAAAGGCGCUGGCCUGGAACAAUUUGUUUAGCGACAGCGGCGAGGAUGUGAGCACCCACAAGUCCGGCAAAUCGACCCCAGAUCCUGAAUCGAAAGUCCCACAGGCAGAAACAAGCGAAGGCUUUGACCACGAUCAGCGGGCAACAGAGCCGGAAGAGAGUCAAUUCUUAGAAAAAACGGAGAGCCCUUCUUCGGAGCGGUCGUCAAACUCAACAGAAGUUAGGCCGACAGCAGCGCCGAAUUUGUGGACGGAACUGUUGAACUUUUUCAAGCCACAUGCCGGACAGCGAAAGUCACCACCGGGCAGUCCGCCCAAGAGUCCGAGGAAGACGAAGAAAAUUUACCGCCGAGGGCAGACGAUGUAUCACCAGCAAGAACAACAAGGCUCUGGCGAAUCGUCACGAGAGAUCCCCCAAACAGAAAGCAAUGGUAAUACCGCGAGGGGUCUGGUUCGGGGGGCAUCAUUAUAUACCAACAAUUCCCAGGACAGCGGCACCGGAGACGUCGAAACGCCUCCCAAAACUACCUUUUUCGAAUCGGCAGGAGAUCUACUCAAUCCACCGCUACCUCCUAAGGACUUCAUUCUUGAUCCUGCGGCUCGGCCGAGGACGAUCUUCCAUGACCGCGUAUACCAUCCACAAGAUAUCCCUCCACCACCAGCGAAACGGCAGCGGACUUUUGGGAUCAGGCGCUCCGCAUCGAGCCUCGGGUCUCAAUCCUCGUCCUCUCACGUGCCGUCCACACCGACUUCGCCAUCUGACUCUCGCCGCCCUGCUUCAGGACACUCCCCAUACACACCAACGAAUACAAAUCAGACACCACAACAACCUCAGGUUCAAGACGUCGGGGCCAUGAAGAUCGAGGAGAAAAUCGCUCGGGCCUACCACAAAGAUCUGUCGUGGCGUAAAGUUUUGGUGCGGCUCGAGCCUGAUGCGCACAACAACAUGGUGGUCCGCCGGAUGUUUGCUAAUGCGUACGGCUGGCCGGUUGUGCGACACAUGUGUGAUACACAUUUUGCAUACACGGCGGCGGCGAUGACUAGAGAUGAAGAUGAAGAGAAUGUGGAAAGAGCCGUGGAGCGCGACGACCUUGCUCCCAGUGAAGAAAAGGCAGGAGAGAGUGUCAGAGGCCAGCGAGACUUACCUGAGGAGAAAGGGAUCGAACGAGACGGUGAUGACGACGAGAGGAGGGCGAAGACGACUGAUAACAUCAGGGUCACGCAGACAAGCCCGACUGAAGUUGCGGAUAUACAUGCGGAUCUGCAGAAGUUGCACACAGCCUGGAAAGUGCGUGAUCGCGACAAGCAGGUCCAUCCCACCAGACGUGGGACGAAGCGUACGGAAUCCGAGAUCCGCGAGGCUCGAGAUGACGUAUCAGAGCUUGUAUCCAUGGUUAGUGCCACAGGAGAGAGCAGCUACAGCGGCAUGAACUCCAGCAAAGCAGCGCUGGCCAGGCUUGUCAGGCAGGACAGCGCGAGAUGGAGUGAUCGGUUUUUCGAGGGGAGUGAGGAUGGCGACGAGGAAGACGAAGAGGAAGGGGAUGGCGGGUUGCGCGAGGAGUUGAGGAAAGCGAAAUACCGAGGAGAACUCGAUCGGAUGUUCAAUAUUGACUUCGAUAUCGACUCGGCCGAUGAGGGGACGACCAUGUCGAGGCUUGUGGAUGGCCCGCUAACGGAGAGUCCGCACAGUACGAAGCUGAGCAAGCCCAAGAAAGGGAAAGAACGCGAAGAUGAUGGAGGACACCUCAUUACUGAUCCAGAAAGGCCUUUCUCAGCGGAACCUGGCGAGCUGGAGCCACUCUCACAUUCUUCGGCGGGCACCAGCACGCCUACGCCCACCCGCCAUGCCAGUAGUGGCCGGGAAGACAAGGCGGAGGAGACACAGCGGGAGCCUGAUUCCAUCCCGUCACUGAGUACCAGCGCGGCAUUGGGACUGUCCCUGGGCGAGAAUGUCGACGAGAGAUGGAGAAGGGAGACGAGCCCUCCGAGCGUGGCAGAACAGAUCGCCUUGGCCACCAGAAGAAGAAGAAGCAAAGAGGAGCACAGGCAGAAAUGA